AUGGCAAAUGACAAUUACACUGUGAAAAAAAUUGACAACUUUAUGAUCACUGGAUUUGAUCACCUGCAGAACCAAAAGCUCCUUGGAUUUCUCAUCUUGAUAUCCUACAUGUUCAUAUUACUUGGGAAUGGCAUCAAUCUGUGUAUCAUCUCAACUAACAGACAUUUACACAAACCAAUGUACAUAUUAAUCUGUAAUCUUGCUGUUGUUGACAUAAUGUACUCCUCGACCUGCAGCACAACCAUGAUCUCAGUGCUGCUGGCUGAGGUUAAAACGGUUUCAUACUACUCUUGCAUCUCCAGGACAUACUUCUAUCAUCUUGGUGAUUUAACAGAGUGCAUGGCUCUGACAUUAAUGGCAAUAGACCGCAUUAUUGCAAUUAAGCUUCCUCUGAGGUAUCACAGCAUUGUAACAAAUGUAAGAAUAGUGUUGCUUAUUUUUCUAGCCUGGCUCAUUUGUUUUGUUGCAGUAGGAUUUUUAACAUAUGUGGCAGACAGUCUCACAUACUGUCAGCCUGUCAUCAAAUAUGUGUUUUGUAGUUAUUCUGCUCUGGUCAGAUUUUCCUGUGUUGAUCCUGAACCUUAUUUUGCCAUUUCUACAAUAUUUAGUAUGUGGCCUUUGUGUGGACAGUUUCCCUUUAUUCUGUGCACAUAUGCUUUUCUGGCAUAUAGUGUGACUAAACUGUCCAACUCAAGCAGAAAGCAAAUGAUCAAUACUUGCUUGAGUCAUAUAAUUGUCCUGCUCAGUUAUUUUGCUCCAAAAAUUGUCUAUAUUUUACUAACUAGAAUAGGAGUUGUGUUGACUUUAACAGAGCGAAAUGCAAUUAUGAUCGUAUCUUCUCUUGUUCCACCUUUAAUAAACCCCACUGUUUAUUGCACCAGAACUAAAGAAAUCAGAAAACGAUUACUAGAUAUAUUUUUGCGCAAAAAAAUUGCACCGAAUCAUUUAAAAAUAAGUUCAGUUAAUUUAUUGUCUUAA